GAUAUCAGCAACUCUCUCGAAGACCGGGUCUGGUAGAAGAAGGUCUCUUCGCCACGGCAAAAAACAAAUUAUGAAUCAAAUCACCUUUGUAUUGCAUUCCUUAAUAUCUAAAUUUUGGUUUUAUGGACUCCGUUUGCUCUCUAGGUCGUCUACUUACGAAAGGGCUUACCAGCGCCCUGUGAUAUCUCUUGUUGACAACUUCGAUAACUCUUUAUUUCUAGUGAGCUAGGGGGACUUUUUUCUCACACAAUGUCUCCGCUAUGGGGUUUGAGAACGCGCGAGGAGCACAGCGAGGGAGAAGAACAUGGUGAAGAUGAAGGCGCAGGAAGAGGGCAUCGGAGAGAGGAGCCAACAGAACGAUCUCGCCUGCUACCACGGGGUGGAUAUUUAGAUCCUGACGACCCAGCAGUCUCUCCAUACAACCUCUGGAGCGUCCGGGCGCUGCGAAGCUUCACCAUCCUCUUCCUGGUAGUAAACCUGAUCUGGUGGAUUCUACUGCUCGCAUCGACUUUCGUCAGUCCACCGGGUAUGAACAGCCGCGGCUCCGGUUUCCUCGAUUUCUCCUUCACCACCCUGACCAUGGCCAACCUGUUAAUUGCCCUAAUAUUUUUUUCCGUCCCUUCGAGGCCCAUGACCAUAUGGGGCGCGGUCCUCUCCCUCUUCCUAGCAGUAAACUUGUUCAUCAUAGUCGGCGUGCCCCGUCUCCGCGUCGAGGAGGGAUGGGUAGGUAUUGCCUCCGCCGCAUGGGCGACGAUGAUCAGCCUGUACCUAUUAGCCCAAACCCGUUUCGUCGCAUGGGGCAAGCGUGAGGAGGAGGAGCGCUUGACGGGAAGACAAGAAACGCGGCGAACGCUGCGAGAGUGGUUUGCCGUCCUGGUCGAGACUAUAGUUACCACCGUAACGGUUCUCGUGGCCAUUUUGCUCAUGGCCACUUUGAUCCUGCGCGCCAAGGAUGCCGGCCUCCCUGCUCCCGGGAAGAAAUAUUACGUCGACAACGACAAAUACCAAAUCCACCUAGAUUGCGUUGGUACGAUCCCCUCCUCAAAAGCGGGUAAUCGCAGCGCAACUGUCCUACUGGAAGCCGGCGAAAUGCCCGUCGAAGACAGUUUUCGAAGCUGGGUACAUGAGGCGUAUCGCAAUGGCUCAAUUGAUCGAUACUGCUACUGGGACAGACCCGGCAUGGGGUGGUCGGACAAUGCCCCAUCUCCACACUCUGCAGGCAUGUCCGCCGACGUCCUCUCUGAAACUCUAGCUCUAGCAGAUGAGGAAGGUCCAUGGGUCGUCGUAUCCGCUGGCGUCGGGGGGAUAUACAGCCGCAUUUUCGCCAGUCGACAUGCCGGCGACAUCACGGGUCUGAUGCUAAUUGACGCCUUGCACGAGGACCUGUUGCCGGAGAUAGGCAAACCAGGUCGUGGCUUCAAGCUCUGGCUGCGCGGGAUAUUCUCCCCGCUUGGACUGGAUAGGUUGGCUGGGGCGAUAUUCAAGCGCCGCACGAGGGAAGACCGCGUGUACGGUAAAGUGGCGUACCAGAAUGGAAGAUUCAUCAAAGCGAAGUUGCAGGAGAACCUUGUUGCGGAUUCGACGACGAAAAGCGAGAUUGCCAGCGCGAAGCACAUUCAGUCUCCGUCCAUGCGGUUGGUUGUUGUUAGUUCUGGUAUUGAAGUUAGGAGGAGCCAGAGGUGGGCAGAUAAGCAGAAGGAUCUGACCAAUAUAACUAAUAAUUUGGUAGCGUGGGAUGUGGUCAAAGGUGCGCCACAUGAGGUUUGGCGAACGGAUAAGGGCAAGGCUUUGCUAGGAGACAGGCUGAAGAAGUUGGCCAAGCUGUGAGUUGAGGUUUAUGAAAAGCAGAUUCAGCCUCUUCCUGAGGGAAAAUUGUACUCCUGUGGCUUCCAUUUCGCUCUUUCGGCUAUUAAUUUGUUCUAUCCGAAGGCGCAAUUUUCUGUUUUCUUUUCUUUUCUUUUCUUUUCUUUUUUUCUUUUUUUUCUUUUUUUCCUUUUUUUCCUUUUUUUCCUUUUUUUCCUUUUUUUCCUUUUUUUCCUUUUU